AACAACUUUUGGGUUAUGCCUAGAAGAAAACGAGUCCAAGCAAAUAACUCCACCUAUUUCCACUCUUCCACUAGAGUGGUGGUGACAGACAUUGGUACCAUACUUUAUCAACACAUCACUCUGUUCGCAUAAACCACACCAAAAGAUACCAAGAUGGAUGACAAUGAGAAACAACAUCUACAACCCCAUGUAGAGUUGCCAAUAGAUGUUUCAGUCAGCAAAACACAAUCAAAUUGCAAGCCUCAAAUCCAAAUCCAGUCUUUGUCCUCUAUCCUGACACAAUUCCAUGCAGGGUACUUCAGGAUUAGUUUGUCCCUCGCAAGCCAAGCCGUUCUAUUGAAGAUCCUCAUUGAACCAAUCCAAGAUGCACAUGCUCUUAGACGUUUGUUUUCAUCCUUACCCUCUUCUGUCCACACCCUCCUAUGGUUCCUAGCCUUGUUCACAGUAGCCACACUCUCUUUUCUUUACAUUCUAAAAUGUCUCUUACACUUUGACAUGAUUAAGGAUGAGUUCUUAAGCCAUGUUGGAGUAAACUACCUUUUUAACCCCUGGAUCUCUUGGCUCCUUUUGCUAGAAUCAUCACCAUUCCUCUCCCCAACAACACUUUAUUACAAAGUACUUUGGUGGGUGUUUGUUUCUCCUUUGGUGAUGCUUGAUGUGAAGAUUUAUGGCCAGUGGUUUACAAAAGGGAAGAGGUUUUUGUCAAUUGGAGCAAAUCCAACAAGUCAAUUGUCUGUGAUUGGGAACUUGGUGGGUGCACAAGCUGCUGCACAAAUGGGUUGGAAAGAGAGUGCACUUUGCAUGUUUUCUUUGGGUAUUACACAUUAUUUGGUGCUUUUCGUGACACUCUAUCAGAGAUUGGCAGGGAACAAUAGUGUCCCUUCAAUGCUGCGUCCAGUGUUCUUCUUGUUCUUUGCAGCACCUAGUAUGGCAAGCUUGGCUUGGAACUCCAUUUGUGGCAAGUUUGACACCACAUGCAAGAUGCUGUUCUUCCUCUCUUUCUUCCUUUUCAUGUCCCUCGUUUCAAGGCCUCUCCUAUUUAAGAAGUCGAUGAAGAAGUUCAAUGUGGCAUGGUGGGCUUAUUCUUUUCCUCUGACGGCUUUGGCACUGGCUUCAGCAGAGUAUGAACAUGAAGUUAAGGGAGUCAUGGCUCAUGUGAUUAUGUUUGUCUUGUCAUCGGUCUCAGUUUUGGUGUCUCUCAUUUUAAUGGUUAUCACUGCUCUCAACAUUAGCAAGCACGUCCUUAGUCGCUCGCAACCAUCUUAGUUUAGAACAGAGAAACAUUGAUGGCAACGUGAUUAUGAAUUCAUUAUUACUCAUGGCAAUUUAAUUUAUAUAUAUCCACAGAUAAUGUAAAAUUGUUGUUUAAUAUAAAUGUCUAAUAGGACUUCGCUCUAUUGUCACAAUAUUGUAUUUAUUAAUAUGAUGUGGCCAUGGAGUAAAUCUUCACUA